AUGUUCCGUGAUCAUUUCAUGAGAUCGAAAGCUAUGAGAUUUGCCAAAAAGAAAUUCUUCACAACAGCAAGCACACAAAUUUAUGGGGACACAUCACUUCCAGUUGUGGGAAAAGGAACGUUAAUAGAUGUGUAUGAUAAUUAUGAAGCACUAAAAAAUAUAAAAAAGAAAUCUAGCCUUAAAUGUUCAUUAAAGAGGUUUAGAGAAAUAGUUCAAAGUGAAACAAAAGGAAAAGCAUACAAUUUCUACACAGGAUGGCCCCCGAUAAACAGGAUUAAAAUUACGCAAGACGAAAAGCUUGGCUUAUAUGGACGGAGUAUGUUUGUAUUCAACCGAAUAAAAGGAGUUAAAGGAAUGGAACCUAAUUUAUGUAUAUGUUGCAAAAACAAGAAUGUUCUUUCCUUUAACAAAUCCGAAUUUGAAUCCCUGUUAAAAAAUAUGGAUACUAUAAAGUACCAAUUACAGGAAUUUGCAAAAAAACUUUAA